AUGGUACUACAAAACAUCAAUGUGAGGAAAUCAAUCUGGCUGAUCUUCCUUCAAAUCUUAGGCUACGAACUUGAAUUUUGGAUUACAAUCCUAGCGUCCAAGAUCAGGUGCACAGAGCUUAUUUCCAAAGAGUCACAUCAGGAUCGAAGUGAUUAUCGUAUUCGAUUAAAUGCAUCAAUUGAUUGUAUUCGAUAUCUUCUACGACAUGGGAUGGCAUUUUCUGGUCAUGAUGAAUCUGAUGAUUCAAAUAACAAAGGUAACUUUCUUGAACUUUGGCAUUGGUAUUCUAAUAGAAAUGAGGAAGUGAAGAAAUUUGUAUUGAAAAAUGCUCCUGCAAAUCUUAAGUUAACAUCACCCGAUAUACAAAAGGAUAUUGUGAAUGCUGCUGCAAUUGAAACUUUAAAUAAAAUUAUUGAAGAUAUUGUUGUUGGUGUUGAGCAUGUUAAUAAUACUACUGCUUUGUCACUGAAGAAGGCAAUUGAUAAUUUCUUUUCGAGAAAUAAAUUGAGCAUAUCUAGGUUGCGUGGCCAAGGCUAUGAUGGUGCCAGUAAUAUGCGGGGAGAACUCAAUAGUCUUAAAACUCAUAUUUUGAAGGAAAAUGAGUCUGCUUAUUAUGUUCAUUGUUUUGCUCAUCAACUUCAAUUAGCUCUUGUGUCUCUAGCAACGAAUCAUAUCAAAAUCGAUGAUCUUUCCACUUUGGCUUCUAAUUUGGUGAAUGUUGUUAGAGGCUCCUCUAAGCGUUGUGAUUUUCUAUGGGAGAAACAAGCUAGCAAGGUUAUUGAAGCACUUGAUAAUGGAGAGAUUUCAAGUGGGAGUGGCUUAAAUCAAGAAAUCACUGUUAAACGAGUAGGUGAAACAAGAUGGAGCUCUCAUUAUGGUACUUUGAUAAGUAUCAUCAAUUUAUUUCCAUCUAUAAUUGAAUUGCUUGAGGAACUUAAGGUGAAUGCGUUGAAAAUUGAUCAGAAACAUGAGUUAUCACAAGCAUUGCAAAUGAGAGAUCGAGAUAUUGUAAACGCCAUGAACUUGGUUACACUCAGUAAGCAACAAUUACAAAAGAUGACAGAUAGUGGAUGGGAUUCUUUACGCAAUCAAAUUGUUGUUUUUUGUGAAAAAUAUGAUAUUGAUGUUCCUAACAUGGAUGAUAUUUAUCUACCUUCAGGCCGGUCAAGAUGCAAAGCUCCAAAACUCACAAAUUUGCAUUACUAUCAAGUCGAUAUAUUUUAUGAUGUCAUAGAUAUGCAACUCCAAGAAUUAAAUAGUCAUUUUACAAAGACUAAUACUGAGUUGCUUCUUUGUAUGGCAUGUUUAAGUCCAUUUGAUUCAUUUUCUGCUUUCAACAAACAAAAAUUGAUUCGCCUUGCUCAAUUUUAUCCAAAGGACUUUUCAGAGAAUGAUAUCUUGGCACUUGAGGAUGAACUUGAGACUUACAUAUUUGAUAUGAAAUCUAGUAGCGUGUUUUCGGGAUUGAAAGGAAUUAGUGAUCUUGGAGAAAAAUUGGUUGAGACAAAAAAAGAUAGGGUAUACCCAUUGGUUUACUUGCUCGUGACACUGGCACUAAUCCUACCAGUUGCGAUUGCCUCCAUGGAAAGAGCAUUUUCUGCUAUGAAUAUAUUGAAAAGUGAUCUGCGCAACCGAAUGGGAGAUAUAUGGAUGAAUGACAACUUAAUCAUAUAUAUUAAGGAAGAUACAUUUGAUAUUAUUGAUAAUGAAGUGAUUAUGAAAAGAUUUCAAGAGAUGAAAACUUGUCGAGGACGAUUGUGA